UUCUCUAUGAAUUUAAUUUUCAGUUAUGUUAAUACUGAAACUGAAUUCCUGUGUGUGCUUUAGCUAACAUGGAAGCACAGUUUGCAGAUUCAUCUGCUAAGCUUACUGAGAAAGUGAAAAUGCAGUGCAUAUAUCCAAAAAAAAAAGCUGUGAUAAUCCAGACAUCCCAGAUGAAACUUAGUGUAACUCUUAGGGAAAACACAGCUGUCUUGAAUCCAAUCUAUGGCAUACAUACCAAAGACAAAUACAAUAGAAGAAUUUAUUUUUAAAAUAAUGCCUUCAUGAAGAGCACUUUGGAAGACCAUGGUCUCCAAACCAACAUUUCCUCCAUUGUAACUAACCCAGAUGGAAUUUUGAAAAUGGCAAUAAAAAUUACUCAUUCAACAGAUGCUUUUGAAGUGUCUGAGAAACAAAAUACUCCCAUGUUUACCAAGCCAGGAGGAAAUGUUGCUUUUACUUUCCCUGAUAAAAUUGGAGAUUCAGUGCAGUGAGGGAUGUGGGAAAGGAUUAAAGCAGAUUGGGUGGAUAUUGUCAUUCUGUGCAACUCGUCAGGAAAGCAAAGCUUUGGUUUGGGUUUCAAAGAAUGUACUCUAGUGGAUUGCUCUGAUCAGGAAAUCUCCAGGAUUGUCUUUCAAAACGUUACAGCCUCUGACUUUGUGAUGUACUUCUGUGUAGCUGCUGGGAGAAACAAAAACUAUAUGAUGAAUUUUACUGUGGCUGGUAAGUAA